AAUUUUUAUUACCACAUGGCAUUAUACCAACCAAGUUUUUUUUCCUUGUCGGUUGGACUUGGAUAAGCCUUCAGAAGGCUCCCAAAAGCCCCAUUUUUUUUUCCUAUGCCAUCCUCUUCCACCUGCAUCUUUCUUUCUUCUAUCUUCAGCUAAGGUUAAGGUGCUUUUUUAGAUCAGUAGAUCAAGAUAACAGCCUCCCAGUUUGACAGCUUUUGGCAUGGGACUCAUAUGUUCAUUGUAUGUAUAAGAUCCGUAGAUUGGAGUAGCAACCACCAAUUGGGGAGUUUCGGUAGAGGUCCCGUAUACUCGUUGUAUGUAGAAGAUAAAACCUCGUGCUUUUAAUAUGGAGGCGGAGCAAUGUAUUACCAAAACAACAAUUUGGCUUCUGAUAUUUUGAAAAGCUUUUCAGAAGAAUUUACCUUCAUAUGAUUUUGUGUAAAUUAAUUUUAUGGGCUUAACUUAUGGUUUUGCCUACAAAGAAUCAUUAAAAGUAGUGCAGGACAACUUGUUACUGUGGCUGUCGAGAACAACUUGUUCAUGGCGUUGUUGCUUUUUAUUUUACUUUUCUUUCAUGACGAACUUGUUCAAGAAGUAGUUUACCGUGUCCAUCUUCUAUGAAGUUUAUCUCCUCGCCUUUUAAUCACUAUAAAAGAAACUCGAUGAGCCAAAGCUAGAGAGCCAACACACUUUGCUCACUGGUAAACCCCAAUCCUUUUUCCC